AUGGGAAUAGCUUCUGAUGAAAUUCUGGGGACGUUUAUCCCCAUAAUACUGUACUGGCUUUACGCUGCCGUAGUUAUAUCCAUUGAAAAAUUAGUCCCUAAGUAUAAACUGCGAAGCUCAGAGGAGCAAGACAAGAGAAACCACCUCGUCUCCAAAGGGACAGUAAUCAAAGGUGUUGUCCUCCAGCAAGCACUGCAGGCUUGCACUGCCACACUCUUGUAUAUUCUGACAAACCGUGACAAUGAUGCUGCUGCUUCUUUUCUGAUAGCUAUGGUGGUGAUGGACACAUGGCAGUACUUCAUGCACAGGUAUAUGCAUGAGAACAAGUUUCUUUACAAGCACGUCCACUCCCAGCAUCACAGGCUGGUGGCUCCAUAUGCAUAUGGUGCACUGUAUAACCACCCGUUGGAGGGUCUUCUCGUGGAUACCAUGGCGGGAGCCGUCAGCUUCUUGGUGUCGGGGAUGUCUCCGCGGACUUCGAUUUUCUUCUUCUCCUUUGCAACCAUCAAAGCAGUGGACGACCACUCCGGCCUAUUUAACUUUCCAUGGCACCCGUUUCACGUCUUAUUCGAAAACAAUAGCCUGUAUCAUGAUUUGCACCAUCAACCUUGUGGGAUAAAGUAUAACUACUCCCAGCCAUUCUUCGUUUUUUGGGAUAAGAUACUCGGUACCUAUCACAUGCCAAUGAUCCCACCAUCUUAUGAAGACGCCACGAAAUAA